CAAAUUGGUAUCAGUCAGGGCUCUGGGUCUUUUAGGAUUCGAUAACUUAAGUAGGCUUCUGCUUUUGAAAUGGAGGUGGGCGAGUCCUAAUUUUAGCUUCAGAGUUUGCUUUAGUUUUGAAUUGGAGGAUUUAGAAGUUGAGUUGGAGGAGGAUUGGGAGUUGGAUGAGUUCAGGCUGCUUGUGCUAGGACUGUGGGGAGAGUAGAGGUUUGGGAGGAGAGGGAGUUUGAUAGACUCUUCUUUGAAUGGAUAUUUUGGCUCUUGUGUCUUGAGAAUUUUAAGUUUAGAUAGCUCAAAGUCCUCCCUCUCUUGAUGAAGAUUGUUCCCUGCUUUUGAAUUGAAUGUACUUCUGGGUUUAAAUGAAGGUAUUUUUAAUGGGUCUGGAGUUAUAAGAGUCUAUAGUUUAAACUUAAAGCCUCUUUACUAUAUGCAAAAGAGUGAUAUUUUGGAAAGUUAUGAAAAUUAUAUCAUUAGUUUAUGAUAAUACCAAUACUAUUCAGAAUAGUUUAGAAUCGAUUAUUUUUAAGUAGUUUCGAUAAAGGAAAUGCUCAAAUAAAAAUUAGAUGAACCAUGUUAUCACAUCAGCAAUUUGAUGAUGGCUAGAGCAUACCAAAUAUCUUCUCUCGAUCUAAAAUUCUUCUCAAAGCUUAUCAUAACUCCUAAUGAUAUCAGCUUUAACCCUUCAGAAAACAUUUCUCAUUUGUGCUUCAAUAGUAUUAAGUUCAAAUUAAUAUACCUAUUCCUCUUUUCUCAAGCUAUCUGUUCAUUACUACUUAUUUAUCUUCAACUAGACCCUUAACAAUCCCUCAGAGCUCGUUCAGUCCUCCACAGAAGUGCUCUUCUAACGACUUCACAAUGUAUGAGGAAUUCUAAUCUAGCUUCACUCAGAACUAUCUAAGCAAGGAUUUCUCUAGCUUAAACCUCUUCCUG